GCUGUCCCGCUUCGGCCCUUGGGACUUCCCCGCAGACGCCUGCUCUUCCCGCUCCGCUGGGGCCGCCUCUUCCUGGGCGCCCGCCGCCCGCAUCUCGGCUUACCGGGCCGGGGGGAUGAGGCCUCCCCCCGGCUUGGGCCAGCCCUUCUGGGGCCCCCGGGGCGCCUCGGUCCCGCGGUGACUGCCCGGCGCGCCUGGUGCCUCCGCCCCCAGGAUGAAGGGCGGCGAGGGGGACGCGGGCGAGCAGGCCCCGCUGAACCCGGAGGCCGAGAGCCCGGCAGGCUCGGCCACGUACCGAGAGUUCGUGCACCGCGGCUACCUGGACCUCAUGGGGGCCAGUCAGCACUCGCUGCGGGCGCUCAGCUGGCGCCGCCUCUACCUCAGCCGGGCCAAGCUCAAAGCCUCCAGCCGUACGUCUGCCCUGCUCUCGGGCUUCGCCAUGGUGGCCAUGGUGGAGGUACAGCUGGAAAGCAACCACGAAUACCCUCCAGGCCUGCUGGUGGCCUUCAGCGCCUGCACCACCGUGCUAGUGGCUGUGCACCUCUUUGCACUCAUGGUCUCCACGUGUCUGCUGCCCCACAUUGAGGCUGUGAGCAACAUCCACAACCUCAACUCCGUCCACCAGUCACCACACCAGCGUCUCCACCGCUAUGUGGAGUUGGCCUGGGGCUUCUCCACUGCCUUGGGCACCUUUCUCUUCCUUGCUGAAGUUGUCCUGGUUGGCUGGGUCAAGUUUGUACCCAUUGGGGCCCCCUCAAACACACGGGCCCCAGGGAUAACCACAUCCCAGGUGCCUGGAACUCUGUCACCAGUGGCCCCCUCCUUUAUUCCAGCUUCCAAUCUCCCACCAUCCUCUGCUUCUGUAGUCCCAUCACAGGCUGAGCCAUCUGGGGCCUGCCCACCCCGGCAAGCAUGUGGUGGUGGUGAUGGGGGCCAUGGUCCAGGCUGGCAAGCAGCCAUGGCCUCCACAGCAAUUAUGGUACCUGUGGGGCUUGUGUUUGUGGCCUUUGCCUUGCAUUUCUACCGUUCCUUGGUGACACACAAGACAGACCGCCAUAAGCAGGAGCUGGAGGAGCUGAGUCGCCUGCAGGGGGAGCUGCAGGCUGUGUGAGGCUGGUGUUAGCCUCUGCUGCAAGCACUGCCUCCCUCAGGGGCCUGCAACAGGCCCCAGGGGGCUACAGACCUCAUUCCCUGCCCCUAGCUGAAGCCACUUCCUGUGGCCACUCUCAGGUAGAGGUUAGACUCCUAGCUGCAGAAUCCUUUGGGCAGCUCCCACAUUCCCAAGGAUUUCACAUCGGUCUUUCCCAUGAGUUUUGUAAGUUCCAUUCUGUGCCUGGGAUGGGAGGAAAUAGAUGGUCCUUAGUCCCAAGGAUCAUGUGGUAGAGAAAGGAGAGGCAGGAAGAACCUGGGGGGCUUUGGUGCUGACCCUUGGCUGCUUGCUCCUCUACAGGAUGUUGAGGUCACAAGCCCACACGGCUAUCCCAGAGACAGUCAUCCCUUAAUUUUUUCCCCCUAGAAUCUAUUUUACGGUUGGCAUUUUUGGAAAGUUUUUCCUUAAUCCCCAGACUUUGAUGGUUCCACAUUCUUGCUUCAGUUGCUGUAGAGGGAAUUGGGUGUUUCUACUUCAGGUACAUAAGUUUAGCCUUUCCUAGGGGUAACCUCCCUAUUUGGGGAUCUCCAUGUUUUUCAAGCCCUAUCCGUCCACACCACUGUUGAUAAUCAUGACCACACGUGAAGAGGCAGUGCCUGCCCCAUAGCCCUAGGCCCACACUUAGGUAUCUACAUCUGGUUUCCACUCUCCUGGGCCAGGGCUAGGGGUGGGGGUGGGGUCUUUGAACUGAAGACCUGUGUGCCCAGCCUGACACCUUAGCAAGGCUGGGUGAGGAGGUUUUAAGGGAGAAGGUCUGGUGUCUAGCUCUUGGAAUGUCGAUCUUUUCUGACACUGAAUUUUUAAUGCACCUUGUUUUGUAUAAUAAAUUGUGUUUCACAGA